AUGAAAGAUGAUAAAUUUGAUGAACAACGAAGGAGACAGGUUCAAGAUAGCCACCCAAAGAUGGGUGCAUCGGAAGCUGUGCUGCAGCCCCGCAUGCUGGCGCCGGUCCUUGCAAUUGGCCGUGCUGGAAGGGCCGAUCAGGAAGAGGAGGCAGACAGCCUCACGGAGGCCGAGGUGGCCGAUGUCGCCUCCAUGAUGGCGGGUGCACCGGUCCUCAUUGGCGAUGUAGCCUGUAAUGGAUGGCCCGAGCAGGAAGAAGAAGCAGACAGCAUCACAGAGGCUCGAGAAGCUGAUGUUGCCACCGUGAUGGCCGGUGCACCGACCCUCUAG